ACAAUCAUGUUUUUUAAUUGUCACAGUAUUAUGUUUUUCAUAGAUUUUUUAAUGAAAAAUGUAUUUAAUAGCAAUAAACUAGGAGAGAGUACAUAUACAUUCAGUCGCAGAAACAUUGCAAUGCUUUCUCUUUCGGCCUUUUGAAAUGCGCAAAAAUGACGAAGCAAUCUGAUGAUCUUUCCGCAUGCCAGAACUCGUGGAUUCUCAAUUCAACUUCUCACUAGUUUCUAGGGAUUAUUUACGGUUCGCUCCUUACAGAUAGAUUUACGAAUGUAAUUUUUGGCGCCAUUUAUUUAGACCUAACCUGGCGAAGAUGAUCGUGCCGAUUAAAAGAGACGGAAACAUAGAAACCUGGGCCAUUAUAGACCUCCAAGGAGAUCUAAAGUUCGAAAAGAUCGAUAAUCCGGACGAUCAAUUAAUCGGCGAUCUUCACUUCACGAAAGCUGGAGUGCCUAUUCUAAUUAUUGGAAUUCACGUGUUGCACGGGAAAGAGAUAAGGCUCGAUAAACCGCUGAUUGUUUUGGAGAGACAUCGUGAUACGGGAGAUGAGACGAUGGAGGAGGAAGCUACGGCGAAGACAGAAUACUUCGUGAAGGCUAUCGUGAGGAAGAAGCUCCUGUUUAAGUCAAGACCAAAGCCUAUAGUGACCAAUGUACCGAAAUCAUGUUAAGCCAGCAGGCUCGUGAACACCACUUACGUUUUUUACGUACAACCUUGUAAGAAAUAAAAUGAUUUCGUUUUAUUGGUUAAAUUAAA